AUGACACUCCUGCGCUGCGCUGUCCUCUUAUUCAUUCCGUUUGUUUGCGCGUCACUCCCGGGUCUCAAUGAUACCAGUGUCAUCCACACACUCGAUGUCAGCUAUGAUCCAUCCAGUAAUAACACCAGAACUUUGUGGGACAUUAUCUUGAGCUGUGGUUUAACUUUGUUUGCAAGCACAUGGACUGCAGUUCAUACGAACAUUCCGGGCAUGGACGAGGGCAGAGUUGAUACCACCUCUCGUCGUCUGUUCCUCAUGGUCGUAGCGUUGGUCGCACCAGAACUCAUCAUCACCUGGGCCACACGGCAGUAUUUCAGUGCCCAUGCAGCUACAAAGGAGUUCAAUGAUGCCUUUGGCCCACGACUUCCCCAGGACCACGACGACACAUGGACAGUGACGCACGGGUUCUUCGUGUGGAUGGGUGGAUUUAUGCUCUAUGUUGAUGGCAAGCCGCGAGCCACUCUUACUCCCGAGGAACUCCUGCGGUUUAUUGGUGAUGGAUCCGUAGACAUACCUAUUAUCUCGGAGGCAGAGAUAGAAGAUCGAAGCAAGGGUGAUGGACUAUCCAAAGGCAUCGCCCUUCUUCAGCUGGUCUGGUUCGUCAUCCAGCUCGUCGCUCGUUACCUCCAGAACCUUCCGAUAACAUUGCUUGAAAUCGACACUCUGGCUGUAGCUGCUCUGACCUGCAUUGCCUACAGCUUGUGGUGGAGAAAACCCAAGGAUGUGCGAUGUCCUCAUGCUCUUCAUUGGAAGGACAAGACGCCGCCACCACCGGCACGCCGCUUGACCUAUGAGUAUGUCGUCAAUAUUCUCGCCCGACAUCCCUCUGAUUCGUCUGCAUUCUAG